CGAAUACUACCAGCUCAAGACAACGCAUCAGGUGCGUUUAGCCUGCGGGUUCCCGCUGACUUGGCGCGGAACGCUUAGGCAAGCCUGUCCUUCUCGCUGGCCCUCCGGCCCCCAAGCGUCCCUCCGACGGAGUCCCCAGGCCUUUUCACCGUGGCCGCUCCAGCCCCUGGAGCGCCUUCUCCUCCCGCCACGCUGGCGCACCUUCUUCCCGCCCCGGCAAUGUACAGCCUGCUGGAGACUGAGCUCAAGAACCCGGUGGGGCCACCCACCCCAGCAGCAGGCACUGGCGGCCCUGCAGCCUCCGGCGGCGCAGGCAAGAAUAGCGCGAACGCAGGCGGCGGCGCGAACGCAGGCGGCGGUAGCAGCAGUGGCGCAAGCGGUGGUGGCGGGGGCAGCGACCAGGACCGCGUGAAGCGGCCCAUGAACGCCUUCAUGGUAUGGUCCCGCGGGCAGCGGCGCAAGAUGGCCCUGGAGAACCCCAAGAUGCACAACUCUGAGAUCAGCAAACGCUUGGGAGCCGACUGGAAACUGCUGACCGACGCCGAGAAGCGACCGUUCAUCGACGAGGCCAAGCGACUGCGCGCCGUGCACAUGAAGGAGUACCCGGACUACAAGUACCGGCCACGCCGCAAGACCAAGACGCUGCUCAAGAAGGACAAGUACUCCCUGCCCAGCGGCCUGCUGCCCCCCGGCGCCGCCGCCGCCGCCGCAGCUGCCGCCGCCGCCGCCGCCGCCAGCAGUCCUGUGGGCGUGGGCCAGCGCCUGGACACGUACACACACGUGAACGGCUGGGCCAACGGCGCGUACUCGCUAGUGCAGGAGCAGCUGGGCUACGCGCAGCCCCCGAGUAUGAGCAGCCCGCCGCCGCCGCCAGCGCUGCCGCAGAUGCACCGCUACGACAUGGCCGGCCUGCAGUACAGUCCCAUGAUGCCACCCACCGCCCAGAGCUACAUGAACGCCGCGGCCGCUGCCGCCGCCGCCUCGGGCUACGGGGGCAUGGCGCCCUCCGCCGCCGCCGCUGCCGCCGCCGCCUACGGGCAGCAGCCCGCCACCGCCGCCGCAGCUGCCGCCGCAGCGGCCGCCAUGAGCCUGGGCCCCAUGGGCUCGGUGGUGAAGUCGGAGCCCAGCUCACCUCCGCCCGCCAUCGCGUCGCACUCGCAGCGUGCGUGCCUCGGAGACCUGCGCGACAUGAUCAGCAUGUACCUGCCACCCGGCGGGGACGCGGCCGACGCCGCUUCUCCGCUGCCCGGCGGUCGCCUGCACGGCGUACACCAGCAUUACCAGGGCGCCGGGACUGCGGUCAACGGAACGGUGCCGCUGACCCACAUCUGA